UAGCAGGAUUGUACGUCCCAUCAGCGUGUGUUACAAGGAGAUUUUACCUUUACAGCAGAUUAUUUAGAAAAUGGCGAGCUGGUGUGUAAGAGCAGUAAGACAGAGCUAUUCGUUUGUAGCUUCACCUGCUCUAACAAGAGCAUCUCCACGAUUGUUCUGCAUGGCCACCCAGCAGAAGAAUGGCCAUGGGACAGAAGAGGAGGUUGAGAAGCCAGAACCAAGUCCAGCAGAAAAGGCCCUGAUGGAGGAGAAGAGCCAGCUGGACGAGCAGCUCAAAGACAUGACAGAAAAGUACAAGAGGGCGUUAGCAGACACGGAGAAUCUCAGGACGAGGAGUCAGAAGAUGAUAGAGGAUGCAAAAUUAUAUGGGAUCCAGAGUUUCUGCAAGGACCUGCUGGAGGUUGCAGACAUCUUGGAGAAGGCCACAGAGAGCGUCCCCAAGGAGGAGGUGACAAGUCAGAACCCUCACCUGAAGAACCUGUAUGAUGGUUUGGUGAUGACAGAGGUCCAGAUCCAGAAGGUGUUCACCAAGCACGGCCUCAUCAAGCUCAACCCAGACGGCCAGAAAUUUGAUCCCUAUGAACACGAGGCCCUCUUCCACGCCCCUGUUGAGGGUAAAGAGCCUGGCACUGUUGCCAUAGUAACCAAAGUGGGCUACAAGCUUCAUGGUCGUACCCUCAGGCCAGCGUUGGUGGGUGUAGCUAAAGCUCCCUAGAAUUGACACUGUAAGUGUGUAAUCGAGUGGGUUUAGUAUUUCUUUCCUGGCUGAUGGUUGACCUGAGGCUCAGCAGACUGAUCAAGGCACCCAACCACCUGCUUCCCACACAUCUGUCCUCACAUCACACACACACACACACACACACACACACACACACACACACACACACACACACACACACUAAGGUGCCUCAAUGAGAAGGGGAACCCAGCUGACCUUUGUAUCUGGACAAUAUACAACAGUUUUUAACAUCUGUAAGAUCUCUGGAACAGGAUUUUUUUUUUUUGGUCAAUUUUCAGUUUUUCAUUAGUCAAGUGAGUCAUUUCCUUCAUCAGCAGCUCACAGGCAGAGAGCUUUUAUGUCUCUUCUCAGAACCAUAAAUCUGACAGAGAAAAAUAUAAUCAGGUGAGAUCAUGAACCCCUCCUUGCAAGUCUUUUUGGGCAUAUAUGAAGUAUAAAAUACAUUUGUAAUGCUGUUAUCAUUCCAGACUUCAGUGCUAAUAUUAAUAACAGUUAUAAUAAUAAUUGAGUUCGUUCUGUGAAUAAGUGAGAGAAUAGUGUUGGAGGAAAUAAUAGGUUGACAUUUUGCUCUGUGCUGAUGGUGGCUUCCCAAAGCCAUGAUGUUAAAAUAAUCGUGGUCUUGUGGAUGUGAUCAGGUCUGGUGUUCUGGUUUCAGCCAGUGUAACAUCGCUGUCUCAGUUUGGCUAAGUUGUGGUGAACAGACCUUUAUCUGUGGAGUUGAUGAAUUCUGAAAGUGGACCUUUGUCCAAAUUGUCAUUGCAUCAGAAUAAACUGGACAAUUUUGA